AUGUCGCUUGACGUGACGCUGGAGAAUCUGAACACUACUUUGCAACAAGUGUCAGAUCUUCUAAAAACCGUCGAGAUAGCAAUUCUUAUCGUCGCAGUCGCCCUGUCAAUUUUAUUGAUCGGAAUGACAGCGAUUUGUUACUACUCGAAGUACAAAAAGUACAGUAGCCUUCGAUGUGAAUGA